AGCCCGGCGCGUCGUCCUCACAACUCGGCUCUCCUCCUCUCCUCGCACCGCACAAACGCUCCGUCUCUUCCUCCUCCUUCCUUUCUUUCUCCUCCUCCUUCUCCCCGGCGAGCCAACUUCUGCUUCCCCACGCAAAGUGUCACACCGACCGAGGACUGCCAGCGCGCCGCGGGGUGUGUGGAAGUUUUGACGGGGAUGCGCAUGCCGGCUGAUGCUGAUUAGCACCCGGGUUCUGAAGCCUCGCUUGCGGGCUGCCGCUGCAGCUGGUGACCCCACGGAACGGACGGCGCAAGUUCGACGUCUCCACGCAAGUCGACUUCCUGUGAACUUAUUGGGUCAAUUAUUUGCCAACUGCGGACGUUUUCAUCCAACACCGCAUCGACUUCCAUAGGACAGCGGGGCCUCUGCGCACGCUCACCCGGCACUUGUUGUCUUCAUUGCGGGUUGCUGUCGGGACCAUGUCGGGGGUCUGGUGGAGCUCACCCAUGCGGCGUCCAACGUGGAUUUUAUUACUCAUCUUCUUCAUUGUCGUCAUCAGCAGUCACACCGCACUCGCUCAAGACGACGUGCCUCCUUACUUCAAGACGGAGCCCGUCCGGAGUCAGCUGCAUUUGGAGCGGAACCGGCUGGUGCUGACCUGCAUGGCCGAGGGCAGCUGGCCCUUGGAGUUCAAGUGGAUCCACAACGGCACCGAGCUGACCCGCUUCUCGCUGGAGUACAGGUAUCUCAUCCCCUCACUGGACCGCUCCCAUGCCGGCUUCUACCGCUGCAUCGUCAGGAACCGUGUGGGAGCCCUCCUGCAGCGCCGCACCGAAGUGCAGGUGGCUUUCAUGGGCAGCUUCGAGGAGGGCGAGCGCGCCCAGUCCGUCUCGCAGGGAGAGGGCGCCGUCAUCCCGGCGCCGCGCAUCCGCAGCUUCCCCCAGCCGCAGGUCACAUGGUACCGGGACGGCCGCAAGAUCCCGCCCAGCAGUCGCAUCGCCAUCACGCUGGACAACACGCUGGUCAUCUUGUCCACGGUGGCGCCGGACGCCGGGCGCUACUACGUGCAGGCGGUCAACGAUAAGAACGGAGAGAACAAGACCAGCCAGCCCAUCACACUCUCGGUGGAAAACGUGGGCGGGCCGGCGGACCCCAUCGCCCCCACCAUCAUCGUGCCGCCCAGGAACACCAGCGUGGUGACGGGGACGUCGGAGGUCACCAUGGAGUGCGUGGCCAACGCCAGGCCCCUCAUCAAGCUGAGCAUCAGCUGGCGCAGGAACGGCGUGCUGGUGGGCGGCGGCCUGAGCGACUUCAACCGCCGCCUGACCGUCCUCAGCCCCCUGGUGGCCGACGCCGGCUACUACGAGUGCGAGGCCGUGCUCCGCAGCAGCAGCGUGCCGGCGGUCAGCGCCGGCGCUUAUCUGCACGUCCUCGAGCCGCCGCAGUUCGUCAAAGAACCGGAGAAACACAUCACGGCGGAGAUGGAGAAGGUGGUGGACAUUCCCUGCCAGGCCCGAGGUGUGCCGCAGCCGGACAUGGUGUGGUACAAGGACGCCACGCCCAUCGACCCGGUGAAGACGCCCAGGUACCGGGUGCUGGCGGGCGGCAGCCUGCAGGUCAACGGACUCCUGCCCGACGACACCGGAAUGUUCCAGUGCUUCGCCAGGAACGCGGCGGGCGAAGUCCAGACCAACACGUACCUCGCCGUCACCAGUAUCGCUCCCAACAUCACGGCGGGACCCUCGGACAGCACCGUGAUCGACGGCAUGUCGGUCAUCCUGCACUGCGAGACCUCCGGCGCUCCGAGGCCGGCUAUCACCUGGCAGAAAGGUGAGCGUGUCCUGGCCAGUGGUUCUGUGCAGUUGCCUCGCUUCACUCUGCUGGAGUCUGGCAGUCUGCUCAUCUCGCCCUCACACAUCUCUGACGCCGGCACCUACACCUGCAUGGCCAGCAAUUCCCGCGGCAUCGACGAGGCGUCCGCCGACCUGCUGGUCUGGGCUCGCACUCGCAUCACCACGCCGCCGCAGGACCAGAGCGUGAUCAAAGGCACCAAGGCGGCGCUGACCUGCGGCGUCACGCACGAUCCCAGCGUCAAUGUCAGGUACGUGUGGGAAAAAGAGGGCGCGGCCAUCAACGCGCACGGCGUCCCUCGCCUGCAGCAGGACGGCGACGGCACCCUUCACAUCUCCCAGACGUGGUCGGGCGACAUCGGCACCUACACCUGCCGCGUCACCUCGGUGGGCGGCAACGACUCCCGCAGCGCUUACCUCCGAGUCAGGCAGCUGCCUCAUGCUCCCGAGAACCCUGCGGCCGUGCUGAGCGCGUCCGAGCGCCGCGCCAUCGACCUGACCUGGGCCAAGGCCUUCGACGGCAACAGUCCGCUCAUCCGCUACAUCGUGGAGGUCUCGGAGAACAACGCUCCCUGGGCCAUCCUCCUGGCCAACAUCGAACCCGAGUCGUCGGCGGUGACGGUCAACGGCCUGAUCCCGGCACGCUCCUACCAGUUCCGACUGUGCGCCGUCAACGACGUGGGCAAGGGACAGUUCAGCAAGGAGACGGAGCGCGUGGCGCUCCCAGAGGAGCCCCCCAGCGCUCCCCCCCAGAACGUCAUCGCCAGCGGGCGCACCAACCAGUCCAUCAUGAUCCAGUGGCAGCCGCCGCCCGAGAGCCACCAGAACGGCAUCCUCAGGGGCUACACUGUCAGGUACCGCCUGACCGGACUGCCCGUGGACUACCAGAUGAAGAACAUCUCCAGCCCGGAGGUGACCAACCUGCUGCUGGAGGACCUGAUCAUCUGGACCAACUACGAGAUCGAGGUGGCGGCCUACAACGGGGCCGGCCUGGGGGCCUUCAGCCACAAGGUGACGGAGUGGACCCUGCAGGGAGUGCCGACCGUCGCCCCCGGCAACGUGCAGGCGGAGCCCGUCAACUCCACCGCCAUCCGCUUCACGUGGACGGCGCCCAACCCGCAGUUCAUCAACGGCAUCAACCAGGGCUACAAGCUGCUGGCGUGGGAGCCGGGCAAAGACCGGGGCGUCUCCGUGGUGACCACGCGGCCCAACUUCCAGGACAGCGUGCACGUGGCCUACGUGACGGGCCUGAAGAAGUUCAGCGAGUACUUCACCUCGGCGCUGUGCUUCACCACGCCGGGCGAGGGCCCCCGCAGCCCCCCCAAACUGCUGAGGACGCACGAGGACACGCCCGGCGCCGUGGGACACCUGAGCUUCACCGAGAUCCUCGACACGUCGCUGAAAGUCAGCUGGAGCGAACCCAGCGAGAAGAACGGCGUUCUCACAGGUUACCGCAUCUCGUGGGAGGAGUUUAACCGCACCAACACGCGGGUCACACAUUACCUGCCCAGCCUGACCUUGGAGUACCGCGUCACCGGACUGACGGCGCUCACCACCUACACCAUCGAGGUGGCCGGCAUGACGUCCAAGGGUCAAGGCCAUCUGUCGUCCUCCACCAUCUCCUCUGGGGUCCCGCCAGAGCUCCCGGGCCCGCCCACCAACAUCGCCAUCUCCAACAUCGGCCCGCGCUCCGUCAGCCUGCUCUUUAAGCCGGGCUACGACGGCAAGACCUCCAUCUCCCGCUGGCAGGUGGAAGCCCAGGUGGGUGUGGUGGGCGACAACGAGGACUGGGUGACGGUGCACCAGGUGUCCAACCUGCCCGACGCUCGCUCCCUGGAAGUCCCCGGCUUGAAUCCCUUCACCUUCUACAGGUUCCGUAUGCGCCAGGUGAACAUAGUGGGCACCAGCCCCCCCAGCCAGCCCUCCAGAAAGAUCCAGACCCUCCCCGCUCCUCCGGACGUGGCCCCGGCCAACGUGACGCUGCGCACCGCCAGCGAGACCAGCCUGUGGUUACGAUGGAUGCCGCUGCCCGAGUGGGAGUACAACGGGAACGCCGAGCAGGUGGGCUACAGGGUGCAGUACGCCAAGGCGGGCUCCACGGGCCGCCCGCUGACCCAGUCCGUCCCCGACCGCCUGGAGAGGGAGUUCACCAUCGAGGACCUGGAGGAGUGGACCGAGUACGAGGUCAGGGUGCAGGCCGUCAACGGCAUCGGGACGGGACCUUGGAGCCAGCCAAUCAGAGGACGGACACGGGAGUCAGUCCCGUCCUGUGGACCCAACAACGUGUCCGCCUUCGCCACCACCUCCAGCAGUGUCCUCAUACGCUGGUCCGAGGUGCCCGAGCCGGACCGCAAUGGACUCAUUCUGGGCUACAAGGUGGUGUACAAAGAGAAGGACUCGGACAGCGCCGUGCGUUCCUGGACGGUGGAGGGGAACGCCACACACAGCGUCCAGCUGGGCGGUCUGGGCAAAUACGUGCUCUACGAGAUCCAAGUCCUGGCGUUCACCCGGAUCGGAGACGGGCGGCCCAGCACGCCAGCCAUCUUCGAGAGGACUUUGGACGACGUGCCAGGACCUCCCAUGGGCAUCCUGUUCCCAGAGGUGCGCACCACGUCGGUGCGUUUGAUCUGGCAGUCGCCCUCGCAGCCCAACGGCAUCAUCCUGGCCUACCAGAUCACGUACCACCUCAACUCCACCAGCAGCAACGCGGCCACCGUGGACGUGCUCAACCCCAGCGCUCGCCAGUACACCGUCACCGGCCUGCGGCCCGAGUCGGUGUACGUGUUCCGCAUCACAGCGCAGACGCGCAAGGGCUGGGGCAAGGCCGCCGAGGCACUGGUGGUCACCACGGAGAAGAGAGCUCGUCCACAGCCCACCAGUCGCCCCAUGGUGCCUCAGAAGGACGUCCAUGCUCGCCACGUCCUGCUGGCGUGGGAGCCCGGCAGCGACGGCCUGUCCCCCGUGCGCUACUACACCGUCCAGCUGCGGGAGCUUCCGGACAACAACUGGACGGUUCACUCGGCCUCUGUCAACCACGACGCCGCCUCCUUCGUGGUCUCCAGGCUGAAGCCCUUCACAUCCUACCAGUUCCGGGUGAAAGCCACCAACGACAUCGGGGACAGCGAGUACAGCGAGGAGAGCGAAGCCAUCACCACCCUGCAAGACGCGCCUGACGAAGCUCCCGUCAUUCUCUCGGUCACGCCACACACCACCACGUCGGUGCUGAUUCGCUGGCAGCCUCCCCCCGAGGAGAAGAUAAACGGCAUCUUGCUGGGCUUUCGCAUCCGCUACCGAGAGCUGCUGUACGACCGUCUGCGCGGUUACUCCCUCCACGCCAUCAACAGCAUGUCGGCGUGGGCCGAGCUCACCGCUCCUUACAGCAUCCAGAACCUGGGCGACUCCACUCUGACCCAGUACGAGCUGGACGAGCUGAGCAAGCACAAGCGCUACGAGAUCCGCAUGAGCGUGUACAACGCCGUGGGCGAGGGGCCCACCACCCCGCCCCAGGAGGUCUUUGUGGGAGAAGCAGUCCCCACAGCCCCGCCCCAGAACGUGGCCGUCCAGUCCACCACCGCCACCCAGCUGGACGUGACGUGGGACCCCCCGCCUGUCGGCGCUCAGAACGGAGACAUCCAGGGCUACAAGGUCUACUUUUGGGAGUUCCAGCGUAAGAACGAGACCGAGCGCCUUCGGACUCUGUUCAUGCCCGAGGGCGGCGUGAAGCUGAAGAACCUGACAGGUUACACCACCUACAUGAUCAGCGUGGCCCCCUUUAAUGCCGCUGGGGACGGACCCCGGAGCCCUUCGAUCAGGGGACGCACUCAGCAAGCAGCCCCCAGCGCUCCCAGCUUCAUCCACUUCAGCGAGCUGACUACCUCCUCGGUCAACGUGUCCUGGGGCGGGCCCAGCCUGCCCAACGGCAUCAUCGAGGGCUACCGUCUGAUCUACGAGCCCCUCUCACCCCUGCACGAGUCUUCCGUGGCCUGUGCCGACUGUCCCCACUCCCCCUCCCCCCCAGGUGUCAGUAAGACCGUCAUGGUGGACGUGAAGGGGAGCGGCCCCCUCUGGCUGAAGCUCAAAGACCUGGCCGAUGGCGUCACCUACAACUUCCGCAUCCGGGCCAAGACCUUCAUUUACGGCCCUGAGGUGGAGGCCAACAUCACCACGGGUCCUGGAGAAGGAGCCCCGGGACCCCCAGGGGACCCCUUUAUCACACGCUACGGCUCAGCGCUGACCAUCCACUGGACCAGCGGGGACCCAGGACGGGCUCCCAUUACACGCUACGUCAUCGAGGCCAGACCUUCUGACGAAGGCUUGUGGGACAUCCUGAUCAAGGACAUCCCGAAGGAAGUGACGUCGCACACCUUCAGCAUGGACAUCCUGAAGCAAGGGGUCAGCUACGACUUCCGGGUCAUCGGGGUCAACGAUUACGGCUACGGAUCCCCUAGUCUGCCCACUCCUUCUAUAUCUGCUCAAAAAGUGGCCCCCUUCUAUGAGGAGUGGUGGUUCCUGGUGGUGGUGGCCCUGGUGGGGCUCAUCUUCAUCCUCCUGCUGGUCUUCAUCCUCAUCAUCCGAGGACAAAGCAAGAAGUACGCCAAGAAGUCGGAAUCAGUGUCUCUGUACGUGUGCGCAGGCAACAACUCCAACUGCAAUGCUCUGACCCACGGGGACAUGGUCAGCCUGGACGAGGGCCGCUUCCCCGCCCUGGAGCUCAACAACCGCCGCCUGUCCGUCAAGAACUCCUUCUGCAGGAAGAACGGCGUGUACACCAGGUCUCCUCCCAGGCCCAGUCCAGGCAGCCUGAACUACUCUGACGAGGACGUGAGCACCAAGUACAACGACUUGAUCCCGGUGGAGGGCAGCAGUCUGACUGAGAAGCCUUCGGAGAUCUCCGACUCACAGGAGGCGCUGGUGUUUUCAUACGGAACAGGUGGCCUACAUACACUUCCACUACAUUUGGGCAGCGACAACGAGUACGAGGUGGACCCCAACCGCCAGAAGACCCACUCCUUCGUCAACCACUACAUCAGCGACCCCACCUACUACAACUCGUGGCGCCGCCAGCAGAAGGGCAUAUCCCGAGCGCAGGCCUACAGCUACGCCGAGUCCGAGUCGGGCGAGACGGAGCACGGCGCCCCGCCGCCGCUGCCCCCGCUGCCGCCUCUGCCGCCCCAGCUCAGCUCGCCCAGCCCCCAGCCCCAGCAGCAGCAGCAGCAGCAGGCCCAGGGACAGCCCCAGGCCCAGCCCCAGGGCCAAGACAGCCUCUUCAGGCCUAAAGGCAGCCGGACUCCUACCCCGUCGCAGCAGAACCCCCCCAGCCAGCACAGCGCCCUCUACAGGCCGCCCAGCAGCCUGGCCCCCGGAUCGCGCGCCCCCAUCGCUGGCUUCUCCUCUUUUGUGUGAGAAUGACGUCCCCCCACCCAAAAGAAAAAUAAGGACUAAGGAAAUUUCUGGCUGAUCAUGUGAUUUGCGCUUGGUUUUCAUUUCCUGAUUUCUCAACAAGACUUUGUGCAACACUUUAGCGUGCAAGUGUGCCACCCGAAGACACCGACACACCCUUUUUGUUGGCAUUUUCACUUUGUUUGCAUGACUUAUUUGCUCCUUAUUUUUAAAGUUUGCACACCUUCAAAGUGGUACUAUCUUUGUAUGCUGUACAAAAGUCACAAGAAUCCUUGAAUAGACACAUAUACCUGUAUAUAAUAUAUGACAUAUAUUAUAUUUACAGUAUGUAGUGGACUAGUCCACGCACACUCGGCAUAAAGGGACUAUAAAUAGCAACACGGACAGAAAAGUGCUCUGGACGCUACCACCUGACGCUGCGUCUCGAGCACGCCUUGACUCUGGACAAUACGAGGAAGUGUAUAUCAACAAAGUUCAAGCGAUGCCUUUGACAUUGAUCCAGAAGAUCGCUGCGGACUUUUACUGGAUUUUUUUAACGGCUCUCAAACACCUUCUGGAUGUUUCUACAGGUUUUCACGGCGUCCCGUCAGCAAGUAGGGUAGUUUAGCCGCGGGAUCGUCGGGACACAAAGGUGCCAUGGCCGUUAAUCAAGCUGUAUUUCCGUCGUCCAUUGCUUUAUAUAUGUGUGUGUGUGUGUGUGUGUGGUAGCACACUUCCUAAGCUUUAUACUUCACUGUGUGUGUGUUUUUUAUCGAAAUCGGCCUGAAGUAACGCCCACGGAGGCUUAGCCACGCCCACUCGCCGUGUACGACUCGAUGGUAUUUGCCUAGUUCGUGUCCUUCAAAAGAUGUCAUGCAAUUUUGUUUUUUGGUUUCCUUUUCUUACUUUGUGUUGCAUUAGAAUUUGUUUCCUGUGGGGUGAUUGUCAUUGUACGCCACAACAUGCUAACCGUGCAGAAGAGUGAAUAUAUGAUCACAGUACAUUUCUGAAAUAAAUUAUUUUUCAAUGUUAGCAAGGUCUGCUGCUUACUUGAAAAGACGAGAAAAACUGCACU